UUGGUUCUACUUCCGGUCCGGGACACUUCCGCUGUAACUGAGGACGCAGUUACCAGUUUGAUUCUUCAACUGCGGCACGGCGAGACUUAACACAGGUUCAGUCAGAAUGCCACCGGAAGUUCAAAAGCAGAUCUUGACCACUGCUGUGUUAUUUUUCAUAACUGCCAGUCGUGCAUCUUCAUGUCCCACAUCCUGCCAGUGUGGUGUAGGUGUUUACGACAUCACCAAUCACAGGAUUCUACCUGGUACAGACUGCUCACAGGCUCUUCUGGACUCGGUUCCAGCAGGAUUGGAAACUAACACAGAACGCCUUAACCUCACAAACAACGCGAUCAUUGUCCUACGUAACAAUGCCUUCAAUGAACUUGGAAUUACCAGCCUAAAAAUUCUGCUACUGGAUAACAAUCACAUGAGUGUUCUUGAAAAAGACGCAUUCCAAGGAUUGGCAACGCUCCAAGCAGUGUCACUGAAAAAGAACGAAAUAACUUCACUUCAUCCUGACGUUUUCACUUACUGCCCUCUGUUAGCCACACUGUACUUAAACGAGAAUUUUCUUGACAAUGUACAUCCGGACACCUUCAAGAAAAACCCUCUACUAAACAAUGUGUACCUCACCAAGAACAGGAUAACGUUUCUAGAUCCCUAUGUUUUCCAAAACAACCCAAAUCUGUGGAUAGUCGAGCUCAGUUUCAACAAAAUCAAUUUCCUCCCAGUUGACCUUAUUAAUGGUAGUUCCAUAAGGCAUUUUGAUGUUAGUAAAAACAAUAUUGUCAAUCUGCUUCCAGAUAGUUUCAAGAAAAACACUGAAUUAUUACAUCUUGAUAUAAGCAGCAACAACAUAUCCAACCUGCACAGUGAUAUAUUCAUGGAAAACACAAAGCUAGUUCACAUUGACAUAAGUAACAAUAACAUCAGUUGGGUUGAUGGAAGGACGUUUAGAAACAACAAGAACGUUCAGUAUUUGAGCCUUAAAGGUAACAGGAUGAACAGGAUUAUAUUUCAUUCUGACACUCUUAAGAAUGCAAGGGAACUUAGAUAUCUGGAUUUGGGAUCAAACAACAUAGGCUAUUUUCAAUAUAAUACAUUUGGUUACAAUACUGAAUUAAGAUUCUUAGAUAUAAGUCACAGCAAGAUAUUCUCUCUAGCCCAUACGAUAUUCCAAAACAAUUCAAAACUCGAAUACAUAGUAAUUAGAGGCAAUUCUCUCGCAGCAAUCGAUUCAGAACUGUUCAGGAAUACUAUAGAUCUCAGACACCUAGAUAUUAGCUUCAACAGACUCUCAUACCUAUUCAGAAACACGUUUCUCACAAACCUCGAACUCAGAGAACUGAACAUCAGUAACAACUUCAUAACAUCCUUCCAUCCUGAUACCCUAAAAUCGGCGACAAAACUUCAAACACUCGACCUCAGCUGGAAUUCAAUCAAAUUCAUUCAACCUCAAACAUUUUUCAACAACGUGAAUUUAAAAUUUGUGGAUCUCAGUCAAAAUCGAAUAAGUGAUAUUGAUCCGCAUAUGUUCUUGCAAUGUCCAAGCAUAACUGAAUUCCGCUUUCAGCACAAUGAACUGAAUUUCGUCAACGAUGAACCCAUUCUGCUGGCGCCCAACUUGAAGUAUCUGGAAUUAGAUUUCUGUAAAAUAACCUACUUACCAAUCAAAUCUUUCCAGAACCUAACGAAUCUUAAGAAACUGUCUCUUAGGAACAACAAAUUGGUGAAACUCGACGGUCAAAGGUAUGAACAGUCGGCAGACACACCCGCCACAACCUCAAACAUCUUCUCUGAACUCAAGCAACUGGACGAAUUUGAUCUGUCAGACAACCAAUUCAGAUCACUUGACAUAAGGCUCUUUGAUACUCUUGAUAACCUGAGACGAUUAGACAUAUCAGGCAACCCACUUGAAUGUGACUGUGAUUUGCAGGCUUUGAGGUUAUGGUCCUUGAGGAAACACGUGAACACAGGGAAUGUUCUGUGUACUGAUGAGGCUAAAUCUUCAUGGGAUAUCCUGGACUCCAUGACGUGUAUCUCCACCAGCCCAACCAUAUCCUACACUACUUCAACCCCAGAAACAACACGCAUCAUGCCAACAAAGGCUGUGAAACAAUGGGUACAACAAUCACCAGCAACAGUUAGGUAUCUGACGCCUCUCAUUUGUACCAUACUCGUGGUGGCAACAAUUACACCGGUUGCUGUGUUUCUCUGGAGGCGCUACAAGUCAACGAUAACAACAGGGCAACCAGAAUCAGCAUCACAUGAUAACGCCUGCUUGAUUCAGGACAGUGACCGUUCUAUGUGAAGUAGUUCAAAGACAGAACAUCCCAGGGUGUAUGAUUCUCAGGCGAGAACAUGUUCUUUAACAAAAUAUAUAGGCUUAUGCCUCCAGCAUAAUCAAAGUUCUCUUCAAGCCUUUUUCUUAUUUCUACAAACCCUGUGUGAUGUGUAACAACAGUUGUUAACAUUUGUUGCGAUUCACAACCAGGAUAACUCAGUACAGUGACUAGACUACCUGUCGGAUAACUGAGGAAUGGGGGCUCGAUCCAUGGAAGACGGGAUGUUUUUUCCUUCCCACAGUGUAGACCAGAAAAAGCUUUGUAAAUUGUGCCAUCCAUGGAACCCACUUGGUUCGCAUUGGCCAUUACACGAGCCCUGGCUACCAAAGGAAAUGUAUGUGGAAAUAUAUGUAGUAGUUUUCAUCAGAUUUCCUUUUAUCUUCAUAAAACAUAUUACACUGUAGAAAAAAUUUCAUUAAAUUAAUCUGUAUUUA